CAUUAAAAUAAAUCAGUUGUAAUGUAAGUGUGCUAGCGAAGUCGUUUACGUACGAAACAUCUGGCUCAAAACACUUCAAGAACCCUCGCAAUCAGAAGAGUCCCGGAGGAGCUCAAUCUAUUCACGCUUGAACGGAAAAGUUUCAUAUCUAGUCUGUUAUUGCAAGCGUACGGGGGUAGAACGUUACUAAGGAAGUAAGAAGUUCGCUGAGUUCUGAACAACGUGAAAAGAUAUCUUUUCUUUACUCUACAAAUUUCAAAAUCGUUCCCAGAAAUCCCAGUACAAGUGAUACUCGUAGUAGGGAAUAUACGAAUAUAUAUAGAUCCAAUCACCUGUAAAAUGCAAUAGAUGUCAGUGAUUUAAAAGUUUAGGUGGUGUCGGGAGAAUUCUAUAGGGAAAAAUCGAUAAGAAUUUUGUGUUCGUGUGUAUUCGCAUCGUUCAUAUGAAAAGCAUCCUUUGUUCAAUCAGUUUGAUUAAAAAACUAAACAGAAAUCUUGAGGAUAAAAGUGAAUUAAAUCCAAAAUUACGGAUACAGGGGUUCAAAGUGCAUUUCGGAAUUCUGAUAUAAACACAGACGGCAGAAUGGGCGUGAAUGAAGAAACAAGUUCAACAUCGACACUAACAUUGCAACUGUUUCAGGAUAUUUUCAAGGACUCUGAUCCAGGUGUUACGAUUGAUAACUUUGAGGAAGCACGAGGGUCUGGAAAAGGAGACAACUACACGGCGGCUUUGUAUAGAGUUCACUUAAAAGGUUACUGCAGAAACUCCACAGAUGGCAAGAAGCUGAAAUGGGAGAAGAGUGUCAUUUGCAAACAAUUGCCCCACAGCGUUGUGAUACGAGAAGCUUAUAAGAGUGUCGAAUUAUUCAGAAAUGAAGUGGAAUUCUACACAACUAUCUUACCUGAACUCAUAGCAUUCCAACGGUCUAAAACAAAUGACAUUUUCAAGGCGAUACCGAAAAUUUAUUUGGCAAGAGACGACCUCAUAAUAAUGGAGGAUCUACACACUCGAAAUUUCCAAAUGCCGGAUCGUCAAAAAGGCCUUUCAGUUGAAGAAACCGAAGCAGCCCUUAAGGAAAUUGCCAAACUACAUUCACUCAGCCUCGCCUACAAAGCUAAAAACCCUAAAGGAUUUGAAAGAUUGAAGAGCUUAAUAAGAGAAGCGAUUUUUUCUAGUACGAAAGAAGACUGGUAUAAAAAGUAUUACGAGCAGUUAACGAAAAAUGCAAUUGAUAUGGUAUCAGAUGUUUUGCCGAAAAAUUCAAAGUAUGUGGAAAGUAUUACUACAUUUGCUGGAAGCUCAUCGUUCUUUAAGAGAAUUAUCGAGUUGAUUAACGUAGAGUCGGAAUUAUCGGUGAUUUGUCACGGAGAUUGCUGGACGAACAAUUUCUUGUAUCGGUAUAAUGAAGAAGGACAUGUGGUUGAAACUGUGUUAGUCGACUUUCAAUGCAUUCGAUAUGGAUCAUUAGCUCUAGAUGUUUCCAACCUAAUUUAUUGCUGCACAUCCAAAGAAAUGCGGGACAAGCAUUUGCAAUCAUUUCUAAGACUUUACACGGGAGAACUCUUCAAACAACUGAAAACACUGGGCCACCUCUCGGAAUCCUACAGCACAGAGGACAAAUGCUUCGAAUUAGUCAACUCUGAUUUAAAAACUUACGGAAAAUUUGCUCUUGGUCUAGCAAUGGAUAUACUCCCAAUGAGUACGUGUGCAUCAGAGGAUGCACCUGAUUUAUUUCAGAACAGAUCCGAGGAGGCAACAGGAGCGCCUGAAUUGAAUUUUCCCCCAAAUGAUUUAUGUCGACAGAAAAUGGCGGAGAUCGUUGUUGAUCUUGUGGACAGCGGAAUGCUAUAAGAUGGUAGUUUUAAGAUAAUUUUUAUCCACUUUAUUUUCGAAUUUAUUUCUGCACUUAAGAAGGAUUUGCAUUUAAGCACAAAAUCGACAAUCUUUCUUAUUUCGACAAUAUUGUACGAACUUUUCGUGUUCGUUUUUCUUGACUGUGUUAUGAUACUAUAGUUCAACUCAACGGCAUCAAAUUUACUAAUAAUGUUAGGCGCUUUGAAAAUUGUCAGUAAAAGAAUCAUUUCCCGGUAAUUAGGAAUAUUUCCAAUAAAACAAAACUUUUAAAAUCGUUCAGUGCCAACCAAAAAAAAUCAAUGUUGCUAAUGUAGAAAAAUUGACCCAGAUGUCCCCGCGAUUGUAGUCGAAUCUUGAUCAAAUCUUGGCAAUUACUCAAAUCAAAUCCAAUGUAGUAGUUGAAACUCGUAAUAUCAUUAAAUGAAUGUUUUAUUCUCUCAACAAGGAGAUGGUGACAUAUAAAAGUGUUGUGAUGAUAUUCCUUAAAAGAAGAAAGACUCAAUGUGAAUUUUCAAAUAAAGAUUAUAUUCGUAUCUAAA